AAUUAUGGAGAUGAUCAGCAAGACGAUGCCAACUCAUGGCAGGUCUACCAGUUGCCAAGGAGUUUCAUUUGAUUCUCCCCAUCCUCUAUUGGACUCCAAUAGAGGAGAGUACAAUGGAAGGUGGGUUUGGAUUCCAUGGAACCCUAGUAACUCCAUCAAGGCCUUUCCUUCCCCCAAAGUUCUCAGCAGGACGGUUAGCCGACCAAGCAGCCAUUACUGUGACCUCAACUUCGACCCCAAAGACAUUGACGAUGAAGAUGUAUAUGAACUUGAACCUCAACAUGGAGAUCAUGAAGAGAAGAAGAUCACACUAAGAGCAGCACUAGACGUUGAGAAACAAGAAUCUAUAAGGAAAGGCCAACAAGCAUCUAACAAGUCUCGGCUCUCCAUUAUACUUCUUGAUCAAGGCCUCUUCACUGUCUACAAGCGCCUUUUCGCUACUUGUUUCACUUCAAAUAUUAUUGCUCUUGUUCUCGCCAUCUCCGGCCACUUCCCAUUCGGAAAACAUCGACCUACACUCAUUUCCAUGGCUAACAUCCUUACUCUCAUUCUUUGCCGGAGCGAGGCAUUUCUCCGAAUAGUUUUUUGGUCUGUUGUCAAGGUUUUAGGUCACCCGUGUGUGCCUUUGUUUAUCAAGACAACAACCACAUCAUUCCUUCAAUCUCUAGGUGGCAUUCACAGCAGUUGUGGCGUCUCCUCCGUUGCAUGGCUUAUAUACUCUUUAGUCCUCACAUUAAAAGCUCCUGAAAACACUAGUACAGAGAUAGUCUUUGUAGCUACAACCAUUGCAGCUUUACUAAUCCUCUCUUGCUUAUCUGCUUUCCCUCUCAUUCGCCAUCUUCACCACAAUGUUUUCGAGCGCACACAUAGGUUUGCUGGAUGGAUAGCACUAGCUCUUCUUUGGGCUUUUGUUGUCCUAACCGUAUGUUAUAACCCUAAGACCAAGUCCUACAAUCAGAUUAGUAUCCCUACCCUUGCAGGAAAACAGGAAUUCUGGUUCACAUUUGCUAUCACUUUAUUCAUCAUGCUACCAUGGCUUAGCAUCAAAAGAGUUCCAGUCUCAGUCACAGCACCAUCUGGUCAUGCCUCACUGAUCAAGUUUGAGGGAGGGAUUCCUGCAGGCUUAUUAGGAAGGAUAAGUAGGUCACCAUUGUCUGAAUGGCAUGCAUUUGGGAUCAUAUCUAAUGGAAAGGACAACCACAUGAUGCUUGCUGGUGCAGUGGGAGACUUCACCAAAGGUUUGGUCUCUCAUCCACCCAACCAUCUUUGGGUACGUGGACUUCACUUUGCUGGACUUCCUUAUUUGGUGAACAUGUACAAUAGAGCAGUGUUGGUAGCUACAGGGUCUGGCAUUUGUGUGUUCUUGUCUUUUCUUUUACAGCCAUGCAAUGCUGAUGUGUGCAUGGUUUGGGUGACCAAGGGAGUUGAAGAGAACUUUGGGAAAGAGAUAAUGGAGAUGAUAAGUGGGUAUCCAAAGGAGAAGAUUAUCAUACAUGAUACUAUGAUCUCUGGUCGCCCUAACAUUGCAAAGAUCAGUAUUGAGGCUGCUAAGAACUGGAAGGCUGAAGUGGUGGUGGUGACUAGUAAUCCUCAAGGGAGCAAAGAUGUUGUGAGUGCUUGUAAAACUGCUGGUUUUGCUGCAUUUGGCCCCAUUUGGGAUUCUUAGAUGAUACUUGCACUUUCAUAGAUAUAUAUAUAUAUAUA